AUGCACCUGCCCGGCUGCGCGCCCGCCAUGGCCAACGGGAGCUUCUCGCUCGCCGGCCACCUGCUCCGCAGCCCGGGCGGGAACCCCUCGCGGUUGCACAGCAUCGAGGCCAUUCUGGGAUUUACCAAGGACGACGGGAUCCUCGGAGCCUUCCCGGCAGAGCGGGACGCCAGAGGCGCAAAGGAGAGGGAUAGGAGACCCGCCUGCCCCAAGGCGCCCGGAGGAGUUGCCGAGCCAGCUCGGGAGUACGAAGUCCCUCCCCCCUAUUGCCCUGAGGAGCCCGGGGAGGCACGGCCGAGCCCGGGGCUGCCGAUGGUGCCCGCAGUCGGCGACGCGAAGCUGUCGGAGGAGGAGGAGCAGCCCAAGAAGAAGCACCGCCGGAAUCGCACGACCUUCACCACGUACCAGCUGCACGAGCUGGAGCGCGCCUUCGAGAAGUCCCACUACCCCGACGUGUACAGCCGCGAGGAGCUGGCCGGCAAGGUGAACCUACCCGAGGUCCGGGUCCAGGUGUGGUUCCAGAACCGUCGGGCCAAGUGGCGACGGCAGGAGAAGCUGGAAGUGUCGUCCAUGAAGCUGCAGGACUCGCCCCUCCUGUCCUUCAGCCGCUCCCCGCCGUCGGCGGCACUGGCGCCCCUCGGGGUGGGUCCGGGCAACGGCGGCGGGCCGGCAGGGGGCGCCCUCCCGCUGGAGUCGUGGCUCGGGCCGCCGUUGCCGGGUGGCGGGGCCACGGCGCUGCAGAGCCUGCCGGGCUUCGGGCCGCCGGCGCAGAGCCUGCCCGCCAGCUACACGCCGCCACCGCCGCCCUUCCUGAACUCCCCGCCGCUGGGUCCCGGCCUGCAGCCCCUCGGGCCGCCGCCAGCCUACCCAUGCGGGCCUGGCUUCGGGGACAAGUUCCCGCUGGACGAGACGGACCCGCGCAACAGCAGCAUCGCGGCGCUGCGCCUGAAAGCCAAGGAGCACAUCCAGGCUAUCGGGAAGCCGUGGCAGAUCCUCUAG